UUCACUCAUUCAAAUGUAGAAUUUGAAACUGCGGAAACUCUUCUAAAUUCAGAAGUACAUAUGCUUCUUGAGCAUCGUAAGCAACAGAAUGAGAGUGCAGAAGACGAGCAGGAGCUUUCAGAAGUCUUCAUGAAAACCUUGAACUACACAGCACGCUUCAGCCGCUUCAAAAACCGUGAAACCAUUGCCAGUGUCCGUAGUUUGCUGCUCCAGAAAAAGCUCCAUAAAUUUGAAUUGGCAUGUUUGGCUAACUUGUGUCCUGAGACAGCUGAGGAAGCGAAAGCUUUGAUUCCUAGCCUGGAGGGCCGAUUUGAAGAUGAGGAAUUACAGCAGAUUCUUGAUGACAUUCAGACUAAACGCAGCUUCCAGUAUUAAGGUUAACCCUCAAGCCCUUCAUCUGAACAGAAAACCUGGGAACUUUGACUGUUUCUCAGCCCUCGGGACCAAUCCAGCUUCCAGCUGAGUAAGGGGAGUCAUGGAUACAGGGUACUCCAGUGCUGUGUCAUCCACAGAUGCAUUCAGACUGGAGAUCAGUGUAGUCCUUUUGGUUUGUUCCACAUGUGUAUUGGUAAGGACGCCUGUAUUGUGAGAGCCAAAGAACCUGAAAAGCCUUUUCCCAGUGGCUCAAAUAUUUGUUUCUUCCAAUUGCCUCUCCCUGAUUUGGAAAUUUUCAACAUUGUUUCUGUUUUUUAGC